AUGCCCGAACAUACACCAGAGCUUACACGGCACGUAGUUUUAGAACUGACGCCAUUGCUUUUGCGCGAGUCAUCCUGUUUAUGCAACUUCAUUGUGCACACACUACAAUAUUUAACCAAUAAGAACAAUUUCUAUUCUGCAAAUAAAAAAAAUGGGACCAUGAACACUAAAAUACACAUAUUUCUUACAGGAGGAUUUUCGUUGUUCUCAGGAACAAGGCGAUGGGUGAGACACUGGGCCAAGAAAAAACACGUACAAAGCACACAUUACGCUAUUAACGAUCAGGAUUCUUCAUUGUAUCGACAAAUUGUACCAGGAGAUAUAUUGGCAAACCGGAGAAAAUUACCUAAUAGGAAACUUAGACCAAGGGAAUUCAGAUUAGCAACCUGCUCAAAUGGAUUAUUCAAAUUAACAGCACCAUAUCCACCUAAUGUCAAUGUCACAUUACAACCAUUCCCAAAAAAUGUAGCUGGACAGCAAAAUGAUAGACAAAAAAUGGGACAUGUACAGUUCCCGCAACAAUACAAGGGGGUACAAUAUAUAUCACUAAAACGCAUGGUGCCGUUCCCACGUGGAAAAUAUGCAUACGCAUACGAUGUAAAUAGAAUACUCACUGCAACACGAAACCGUACGGUAGCGAGGGUGGGAAUACUUAGGCAUGGAAAAGUAUCCACAGUUAUACAUGAAAAUUCAAAGCGAACGGCUUUGGAUGUUGCUGGGUACUGGCAAACAACAAAAAUUAAACGGAAUACAUGCCAGGAAAGACUUAUAACCGAUGAAGGAAACAUACCAGCACUAUGUGCAUUGUGUUACCAAAUAUGGGAAGGAAAACAAAAUAUACAAGCGAUAUAUAAUAGAAAGGAGUUUAUAUUAAGCCAUAUUAACACAUUCAAUGCCGAUCAAGUAUUACUACUCUCAGGCACAUUGGCAACCCACGUACAACCCUACUCCAAAUGGUUCAAUGCUAAUUCAGACAAACUAACAAUACUAAUCAUGGCAUGCCAUAGAAAGAUGAUCAACUGUAUUCCGAAAAUGUCAUUGGAACAAUUUAAUCUCGCCCUGCUCAUCUCCGAGGUCUUGGCUUCGAGAUAUACAGUAUACAGCCUAGACGAUAACAUGGUUAAACAAACUAUGUUACAACGGAUCAAAGAAUUGGCUGAGAUAGACACAAUAACAGAUACAUGGCAGAGGAUACAGAAAAAAGAUGAAAACCAUCUUAAAGAAAUAACACAACUACCAACCAGGGUACAAAUCGUAUAUCAUCGAGUUCAACCAUAUUUUGAAAAUAUUGAAACACGAGGAAGUAGAGGAAGGAUGCAUAUAGCAUCCCUAAUUCAGGCUACAACAUGCAUUCAAAGACAUUGCCAAAAUUCAAAAAAAAAUAAGAUAACAAUACAACAAUACAAUGAUAUCUGCAUAAGGCUAAAACGCAAGAUGACAGAUAACAACAUAUACUCAUUGGACAGUAUCAUGAAUAUGGUAAUACUGCUACACAGGAACAGUACUAUCGACACAGACGCCAUACAACUGGAUGCACAUGCCGUCAACGUUCUUGCCAAAAAACUUAGGGAACUUGUAAUUGACUCAUAUAUUCUGAUACCAAUCGAAGACAGUGAGUCACAGAUACCGGAUACCGUAGAACAAUGCAUUACAAAGCUUCUAGGGAUAUGUUUGGAAACCCCAAAGAUGGACACUAUACAACAAACUCUAGCAGCACUAAACGAAGCAAAAAUGAACAACGAACAUUUGACCACUCUAUUUCUGCCGUAUAUCGCCACAUGUUUAAAUAGACGCGAAUAUACCACAAUGACACUAGUGGAACUCAUACCUUACACCGCAGUACAAGGAAUACAGUGGCUACCCUUCUGGAUAGUACAUUUUGACGCGAUAGAACGCUGCCAAAUUGCAAAAUCUAAACCGAGCCAAGAGACAUUCAACAAGUUCUACACAAACAUAUACAAAUGCAUUACAAGGCUCUACACUGAUAUGUUCGGCGAGGAACCACGGAAAGGGAUGGGAAAAGAUCAUCAUGAUAAUCCACAAAGUUCAACAUACACCGGUACACAUGUGCUGCCGCAGAGAUGGGUUUGGAUCUUAGACGACCUUACACUGGUAAACGUAACAGAUGUCGACGCUAUGGAAUCUACACCGCGGUUACCAGAACUUCUAUAUAAAAGAUUUGGAACCAAACAAUCGAAAGAAGGGAUGAUACACGAUUUAGUGACCAACAUGAAAAAUAUCCAUCGUAAUCUCGGAGAUGCGAUGAACAUGGCACUGGAACAUCCCAAAUCAACGGUAGAAGGAAGCUCAACAGAUCCGCGACAACAUGGAAUUAAUAACGCCAGUUUUAAUGAAAUACUCAGAACACACGAGUUAAUGGCACUAUCUAUUAGUCUUUUUGAAAGACAAAUUAAUAAUGCUUUAUAG